AACAAGGUGUGUAUUACUUCCGUGAUAACGAAAUUCAUUUAAUAGCCACUCGAUUGAUUCUACGAUGAAGGACGGCAGCCAAAAGUCAAAAAAACAUAUGGGGAAAAAAAAACUAAGUGAGAUGGAAAGUCAAAACAAAGCUACGCCUGAGGGAUACAAACAAAAGCAACAAAUAACAUCGAAUAAGGUCGCUAGGGGAACACGACAUGACGGAAGCGGAAAAAACGGCAACUCUUCUGUCGAAUCUUCGUUGCGAUUUUCUUAUAGAAAAUCGGAAGAGCCAAUACAAAUAGUAAAACAAGGUAAAGCAGGUGAGCCCACUGUGCGUGUAAGGCGAACCUCGAGCGUCAUAGCUGCGGUACGUCAAAGAAAAGGCACGAGCUCCUCUGACAAACUUAAAAAGCAUUCAGGGAAAGGACAUAUAGAGACAGCGAAAACUAAUGAGGACGAGAUAUUCAACGAUUUUUUGAAACGGGGUAUCAGGGACAUAGUCGGUCUGGUGUCCACCCGGUGGUAUUGGCAUGACAAAAUGAAGGUUGCUGGAAUCCGUACACUGUUCGACCUUUUCGGGUACAAGAAGCAAUUCAAAGAACUUGAUAAAGCUACUGGGGAUGCAGUUAUUAAAUGUGUUAUGGAACAAAAGGAAGCAGGGAUAAGUUCUUUAGGUUGGAUCUUCAACAAUAUACUUUACCAGCUCGAAGUUAUUUUUUUUCAGCUCAAUGUAGGAUCUCAACAAGUCGAAAGGGCCUUUGGGUAUACACUCCAGAUUACAUGCAAAAAUGGGGCCGUAUUCGAGUUCGAUUAUGAACGCCCGAGAAAAGUUCUUGUGGACUAUCAUCUUGGUUUCCCGACCAGAAUCGUAUUACGUGGCCCCUCAGCGGAGCCUGGACAAGCCCAGAAGUGCAUCAUCCUUAACGAAUGUGAGCGUAAGGGGGAAUACAGUGAUUACGUAGUCAUCUACAAGAGUGGCAAUACGCGGGCGUACCUAAGCAUCAACUGGAUGGGUCCCGGUUUAAACUACUAAACUUUUUUAAACUUUUCAGAUACAUAUGCUGAAAUCAUAUUAAAGGCUGCAGCAAACAUCGCCGAAGCACGGCGAACGUCCAGUCGCCUAUUGCAGUGCAAAAGCCGGCAGAAUGGUAGUAUAAAAAUAACGAUAGUUACGAUCCACGGAAGGGACGCAACGGUAUCACAUCUAUAUUGUCUGUUCGACCUGAUGCAAUCACUUCAGUGACGGUCGUGAUGAAUAAACCUAGCUAGCAAAAUG